AUGACUUCUGUAUCUAAUAAAGGGAUUUGCCGUACACUGUUAAUUUCCAUCAUCAGUUUGGGUUGCUUUUUAGCUGCGUUGUUGCUCUAUGUCAAACCAUCUAACACCUGGAUUUAUGCUCCAUUGGAAUCUGCCACAUCAGCACUAGGUGUGAAAAACCCCUUUGUGACAGGUGCUGAAGAGAAUGAAACAACUGUGCUCAUUUGGCUUUGGCCUUUCAGUCAGACAUUUGAGCUCAAUUCUUGUGAAUCUGAGUAUAACAUCCAUAACUGUCGCUUGACUGCGGAUAGGAACCUCUAUAACAAAUCCCAUGCUGUCCUUUUCCAUCACAGAGACAUAAGUGGGGACUUGUCCAAUCUGCCCACACAGCCUCGGCCAACUUUUCAGAAAUGGGUUUGGAUGAAUCUGGAGUCACCUACCCACUCUCCAAAAAAAACUGGACUUGACCAGCUCUUCAACCUGACCUUGACAUAUCGGCGGGAUUCAGAUAUCGAAGUGCCUUAUGGGUCUUUGGCAAUGAACAAAGUUCCAUUAGCUUUUGAACUGCCUAGUAAAAGCAGUCUGGUGUGUUGGGUUGUAAGCAACUGGAACACUAAUCAUGCCAGAGUGAAGUACUACAAUGAACUUUACAAAUAUAUUGAAAUCAACACAUAUGGUCAAGCCUUUGGGGAGCGCCUGAGUGAUAAAAAUUUGAUUCCUACCAUAUCUAAUUGUAAGUUCUACCUUUCCUUUGAGAAUUCAAUACACGACGAUUACAUAACUGAAAAGCUCUACAAUCCUUUGCUUGCAGGCACCGUGCCUGUGGUCUUGGGGCCAUCAAGAAACAACUAUGAAAAUUACAUUCCGGCCGAUUCUUUCAUUCAUGUGGAUGAUUUCCACUCAGUUAAAGAGCUUGCGGAUUACCUGCACAAACUGGAUGUUAAUAAAGACUUGUACAUGCACUACUUCAAAUGGAGGAAAUACUACACAGUAAGGAUGGCUCAUUUCUGGGAUGAACAUGCAUGUAAUGUGUGUGAGAAUAUAAAACGACAUCAAAAAUAUAGAUCAUGUUCCAGUUUGGAGAAAUGGUUUUGGAGUUGA